AUGGGUGUUCUUCGUUUUGGGAGGAAAGGUAAGUUGAGUCCUAGAUAUAUUGGUCCGUACCAGAUAAUAGAACGAGUUGGACCAGCAGCCUAUAGACUUGAACUGCCAACGGAACUCGCUCGAAUACAUGAUGUUUUUCAUGUGUCCAUGUUGAGGAAAUAUAUUUCGGAUCCAUCACAUGUGUUGCAAGUACAACCAAUUGAACUGAAAGAAGACUUGAGUUAUAGAGAGGAAGCAGUUCAGAUCCUCGACAGGAAGGAGCAAGUUUUGAGGAACAAAAUGAUCCGGCUCGUGAAAGUUCUUUGGAUACAUCAUGGAAUAGAGGAGGCAACCUGGGAGUCAGAAGAUCAAAUGAGGAGGAGUUACCCGACACUCUUCAUCUAA